AUGACCAUCCGUGUUUUGAUGCUGGUUUUGGCCAUGGGUGUGGCAAUCGAGGAGUUUGCAGAGAGCGCGGUCGAGAAUGACAAGGAGUGUUCCCUCUCCUUGCUGCAGAGCACCAUGCAGCGCUCUGAUGGCGUUCGACGAACCUACCUCAAGACGGAGGGAGACGAGGCCAACCAGGUGGACAAGGUGAAUGAUGCGGUAACGCCAGCGUCUCUCCUCACUGUCGAUGCCGCGGAAGCUUCUCAAAAGACUGAGCACAGCCUCCUGAAGUCUGCAUUCCUGAAGGAUGUCGCCCAAGCAAUUCUCGACAACCAAGUUGAGAACAGAACUAUGGCACGAGAAGCAGCCCGUCGCCGUGCGCUGGGCUGA